AUGAAAGGAAGACAUUUAAGUACAUACGAGACUUUGUUCAAAUGUAGACAAGAGUUUGGAUAUUAUCAAACAUUUCAAGUAGCAGGAACUUAUUCCAAUAGUUUCAGUAAAAACACAUUGAGUAAGGUAUUGAGGAAAGUUAUCCUUGAAAAUGGGAUGUUGAGUUGUAAUGUAUUUCCCGAUGACCAAAAGUCCCUUUUGAGACCGGUGGAAAAGAUCACAUUCGAUGAUGUUUACGUAGAUUUAGAAGAUAAGUAUAUCACUGAUAACUUACUCAAUGAAGAGGGUAUGAAAUUCCUUAACUCCUUUACUUUCCAAUUGGGUGUUGAAAAGGCGUUAUUCAAAGUUUUGUACAAUGAGAAGAGCUCCACAUUAGCAGCAGUGUUUGACCAUGCAGUUUUUGACGGUAUUAACGGGAAUUACUUCCAUGAAGAGUUUAUCAAGUAUUUGAGAAUCAUGGACUCCGAAGAUAAUGAAAUGGAGAGUGUUUUGUUUGAUUUAUCCACUGAUGAAACUUUAUUAGCCAAUGAUUUACCUCCUCCAAUUGAUGCUUAUAUGAAGUAUGACGAGCCUCAUAAUGAAACUUUCAUGUCCAAGGUACCCCCAUACCCUAGAUAUUCCGGAAGAUUCUUGAACACCAAGGACGUCAAAGAUAUUGCAUUCAAGCUUUUAAAAUUCAACCCUGACGAAUUGAAAACCCUUUUGAAGAAAUGUAAAGAGAAAAAUGUUACUUUAACUUCAUAUUUAGAUGUUAUCUUUGCUUUGACCUUCCAAUCGGUAUACAAGGACACUUAUUCCGUGAACAAAGUGGCAAUAGCAUUGAGAAAAUUUAUUCCAUGGGAUAAAGAUUAUAAGAUAUGGGGUAACUCACCUCAUAUGGGAUUGAAUCAAAAUUUACAUAUCAAGAGUUUCAGUUGGGAUGAUGUCAUUGAGUUCAACAAAAACUUAAAAGCCACUGCAAACAAUGAUAAACUUUUAUACGAAGUUAGAGCUUGGAGAGACGUCUGUGGUACUGGGAAUGAAAGUCAAUUCUUUGAUAAAGCUUUAGGAAAAGAGAAACCUGAAACAACAAAAUUAUCUAAUUUGGGAUUGAUCAGAAUCCCUAAAGAUGAUGGCUCUAAAUUCCAACUUCUCGACUUAGUGUUUAGUCAAGAUAUGAGUCCAGCCGCAUCUGACUUUAUGAUCGGUGUGGUUUCAACUGAACUUGGGGGAUUGAGUAUCAUCGUUUCUUAUUUCGAAUACGACGAUGGAUUUGAUGAAGGUUUAGUCGACCAAUACCGUGACAACAUAUGGAAAUAUAUUCAAGAAUAG